CUCCCACACCCCCUCUCUGCUUCUCUGACAUCACAGACUGCUGAUAUAAAACCUUCCAGUAGAAAGGCGAGAGUCCUGCGCUCCUGCUGCUGCUCUGUCACACAUUCUCCCUGUCGGUGUUUGACACAGCUAUCUUCUUUCCUCCACGCAGACUGCUCGCUGACCCUCCAGUCAUCAUGGUUGAGGCUUUCGUCGGAACCUGGAAUCUGCAGGAGAGCAAGAACUUUGAUGACUACAUGAAAGCCAUUGGGGUGGGCUUUGCCACCAGGCAAGUUGGCAGCAUGACCAAACCCACCACCAUCAUCUCCGUGGACGGAGACACGGUCAUCGUGAGAACGCAGAGCACAUUCAAAAACACCGAGAUCAAGUUCAAGCUGGGCGAAGAGUUUGACGAGACCACAGCCGACGACAGGAAGGUCAAGUCGUUAGUAACAGUGGAUGGAGGGAAGCUGGUUCAUGUUCAAAAGUGGGAGGACAAGGAGACCUCGCUCGUGAGGGAAGUCAAUGGAAACCAGCUCGUACUGACCCUGACGAUGGGAGAUGUAGUUAGCACACGUACGUACGUGAAGGCGCAGUGAGAGGUUCUGGACUUUCUCCUCGAGUUCUUAAGGGCUUGAUCACCUUCGCAUCCCCAGGCCCUGGCAGCGAGAGUAUGGACUGAAAACAUGGGCUCACCUCGGCUGCUAUAUGUUGUGAUGUUUCCACUGUGUGCCAGGCGUCUUGUCACUGAGCAAUGCUAAUUGUCAUUGUUUUCCACUUACUGUAUCACUUGAAAAUAAAAUUCCAAAAAGCUCAAAUUGA